AUGAAAGCUAAAGUCCCAAAAGACUUCAAAGCUCUUGACAUGACCCCAUAUGAUGGCACGUCCGACCUAAGUCAUCACCUCAGCAACUUUAGGAGUCGGAUGUACCUCACGGAUGCCUCAGACGCUCCGACCACCCUGACCCAAAUGGCAAUAAAGUGGUUCGACAGCUUGCCCCCGAGAUCAGUCACAAGCUUCGACGACCUCGCCAAAAAAUUUCUAGCCAGGUUCUCCAUACAAAAGGGUAAAGGCCAACAUGCUCGAAGCCUGUUACGGAUUAAACAGGGAGACCGGGAAAGCCUCUGCACCUAUAUGAAAAGAUUCAACAAAGCAUGCCUUGACAUACAUAACCUCCCCACAGAAGUAGCCAUUUUGGGACUCAUCAGCGGCCUACCGGACGGGCCAUUCAGUCACUCCUUAUCCAUGAAGCACCCCACAUCCCUAAAUGAAGUACAAGAACAGGCUGAAAAAUACAUCAAUAUCGAGGAAAAAUCCUGA